AUGGCGCCCAAAACUACCACAAAGGACAAGGAGAAGGAGAAGGCGCCGUCGUCAAAGUCUAGUUCUAGUUCCAGGAGGGAGAGGGAGCGAGACCGAGACAGAGCCACUCCCGCGCCCUACGAGCAUCCCGAUGCCAGCCAUGCAAAGAAAAAGCGGCCAAGUGCAUAUAGCAUCAAGCCCAUCUCGGCCUUUUACCUCUUUUUCAGCGCCAGCAUGAUUGCGGCCCUGUUUGCGCCAAUUCAGGAUUGUGACGAGACGUUCAAUUACUGGGAGCCGGCCCAUUAUCUCUCACAUGGCUACGGCCUGCAGACCUGGGAGUACUCACCGGAUUACGCCAUCCGAAGCUGGCUUUACAUAGCACUUCAUGCUGUUGUGGGCAAUGUCCGCAGAAUACUCCCUCAGUCUACCAAGGUUUCCGAAUUCUACUUCAUUCGCUACGGCCUGGCCCUUCUCUGUGCCAUUUGCCAGACCAUCCUCUACCAAGGCAUCAGUCUAGCUCUCAAUGCUAGAAUUGGCGUCGUCUUCCUCAUCGCCACCAUCCUAAGUCCAGGAAACUUCCAUGCCAGUGCAGCCUUCUUGCCCUCCAGCUUUGCCAUGUACAUGGGGAUGCUCGGCGCUGCAUCGUUCAUGAACUGGCGGGGUGGUCUGAAGACAUGGCAAGGCAUAACUUGGUUCGCCGUCGCUGGUGUUCUUGGCUGGCCCUUUGCUGCUGCCCUCUCUACGCCGUAUCUCCUUGAAGAGUUCAUUCUAGUCCUGUUCAGCGACAGGACCUCUUUCAUCGAAGCUCUCAUCCGACUUGUCCGUGGUGUCAUCGCUGGUCUUUUGGUUCUGUUUUCCGACUUUCUCAUCAACCUGUUCUUUUACAAGAAGUCGGUGGUUGUCUCAUGGAACAUUGUCAAAUACAACAUCUUCUCCAAGACCGGCGGUCCUGACCUUUACGGAACUGAGCCCUGGACCUUCUAUUUCAAGAAUCUUGCGUUGAAUUUCAACGUUUGGUUUAUCCUCGCUCUUUUGGCAUUGCCACUCUUCAUCCUCCAGAAGGCUUUCUCCAGGACUUCACAGAACCUAUCCAGCGGGUUGCGUACUGUUGUUUUUGUCGCACCCUUCUACAUGUGGCUAGGAAUCUUCACCGCGCAGCCACACAAGGAGGAGAGGUUCAUGUACCCGGCCUACCCCUUCCUCGCCCUCAAUGCCGCGAUAUCGGUUCACAUCAUCCUAUAUACUCUUGGAUCUUCCAAUACCACGACGUUGAUCGGAAAGAUCUCGGGCCGUCUCAAGCUUCUCGUUGUCGGCCUCGUCCUUCUCCUCUCCGUCAAUAUCGGCAUUGCGCGCAUCUACGGCAUAUACUCUGCGUAUUCGGCCCCUCUGAAGGUCUACACACCGCUUUGGGGAGAUGGAUCAGGAAAUACGUUUGGAGCAGAAGAAGACAAUGUCUGCUUCGGGAAAGAAUGGUAUCGCUUCCCAACCUCCUACUUCCUCCCGCGUAACAUGCAUGCCAAGUUCCUACGUUCCGAGUUCCGUGGCCUGUUGCCCGGCGAGUUUUCUGAGGCCGGGACUGGCUUCGGGUUCUGGAGCGGCACCUGGCUGCCAACAAAGGGUCUGAAUGACCGCAACGAAGAAGAUGCGGGCAAAUACGUCGAGCCUCGCAUGUGCUCUUUCCUCGUGGAUACCCAAUACCCCCUGAGAAAGAAAUCGGUGUCACGCAAAGAGCCAGAUUACAUUGCGGACAAGAACCACUGGGAGAUCGUCAAGUGUGUUGAGUUUCUCGACGCUGCCAACACGCAUCUCCUGGCACGGACGCUGUGGAUUCCCGAAAUCGACGCCGUCCCCGAAAAGUACAGGCGGAAGUGGGGAAGACACUGUCUUCUCCAGCGCAAGAAGAGAUCCGCUAGCAUGUGGAUGUCUCCUGGCCAGAUGAUGAUGGGUUAA